AUAAAAAUCUAUUUUAUGAAAUUGUAUUAAAAUAUGCAACUAAAUAAAACUCUUCCAAUUAUGGGUUUUACAAACAAGAGGUUCUGCCUUCCUGAACACCCGCCUCCUUCCAGUCCAGCUGGGCGUGUCACCCUGUUCCUCAGUCAGUUGAACCAAGAUGAGCUCCAUGAAGGAGAUGAACCCGAUGGUCCUUGGGAUUAGAGACCCUGUGAGCCUGCAGAGCCUGGCUGCACGAAUCACUGAGCAGAUCGCACAGGGUGAACAGAAACCUUUUCAGAGGGUGAUCGAUGUCAGCUCUGGGGAUCCCCACAGGGCUGGGAUGCAGCCCCUUUCAUUUGCUCGCCAGGUUGGCUUGGCUGUCUGUUUGUACCCCAAGCUCCUGAAGGAAAGCAGUUUUCCUGUGGAUGUUCGUCAGAGGGCAGAGAAGCUGCUGGGUGCCUGUAAUGGAGGCAGUGUUGGCUCCUACUCUGCCUCCUCCUGUGGGAUACCCCAAAUACAGAAAUCUGUAGCUGAGUUCAUCACAAGGAGAGACGGUGGUGUGGCUUCAGAUCCAGAAGACAUCAUCUUCUCCAGCGGUUCCCAGAGGACCUUAAAGCUGGUUCUGCACUUGCUGUCCAGUGGACAGGGGCCCACUCAGACAGGUGUGCUGACCCCCCUCCCAUGUCCACACACCCUGCCAAUGCUGCUGGACGAGGUGGGGGUCAAACUGGUGCCAUACAGACUGUUGGAAGAGCGAGGUUGGACCUUAGAGUUGGAGGAGCUGCACCGAGCGCUGAAGGCCGCCAGGAGGCACUGUGAGCCCAGAGCUAUUUACAUCAGUAACCCAGGAAACCCCACAGGUCAUGUACAAGACCUAAAAACCAUAGAAGAAGUGAUUCGUUUUGCUGCAUCCAAGCGGCUCGUUCUGUUAGUUGAAGAGGUAUAUCAGGACAGUGUGUUUGGACAGGACAAGAAGUUUCUUUCAUACAAAAAAGUCCUGUUUGAGAUGGGAGCAUCCUACUCAGAGAGAGUGGAGAUGGUGUCGUUCCAUUCAAUAUCGGCAGGCACAAUGGGAGAGUGUGGUUUGAGAGGAGGCUAUAUGGAGGUCAUCAACAUGGACCUGCUGGUCAAAAACUUUUUAACGAGCAUGCAGGGUCCUUGUAGCCUACCAGUUUUACCACAGUUGGCACUGGAAAUCAUGGUCAAUCCUCCAUCACCUGGUGAUGCUUCAUAUGAAGUAUUUACCCAAGAGAUUCUUCAGAAAGUGGAAACUCUCACCCAAAAUGCUCAACGAGCAUGUGAGUUUCUAAACGGCGUUCCAGGGAUGAGCUGUCAGCAGGCGAUGGGCGGAGUCUUCAUUUAUCCUUGUCUGCAUUUACCUGCUGAAAUCAUACAAGAGGCUAAGAGAUCAGGGCUGCGGGCUGAUGUUCUGUACUGUAAGAAGUUUCUGGAGGAGGAAGGUGUUUGUUUGGGUCCAGGAUCUGAGAACGGACAUGACGAUGAAAACUAUCACAUUAGACUCUGUAUUUCAGCUCCAGCUGCAGUCCUCGAGGACGUCCUGAAACGUCUUCGGUCUUUUCACCUGCGGAUCCAGGACAGACAUCACUGACCAAAGAUCCAACGGAUACAAACUCCGCAGAGAAAAAACAUCUAAACAAAAAACAUCCUAAAAUCGCUUUGAAUUUUAAACCUGAUAAACAAUACUUGAACAGAGUGGAGAAAAACCUAAUUUUAAUUAAAGCAUGCUGUACUGCAGGUCCUGCGAUUAAAGCUUUGGAGUGUU